UUGACUUCUCCCUCAUGGGGAUGGAAAGAGUGCCUUGUUUUUAAUGAUUAUUAUCAGUGGCAUACCCCGUAUUCAGAUCUCGCCUGUUUUGUGGUGAAUAUUGAUAGGCUGUUUUUGUGUAACAUUGUGUCAGGUGCUUGAUGCACCUCCUCCAUCAGGGUUCACCGGUUUAAAUACACAUCUGCUUCAAAGUGGACAAGGCUACACAUACAUUCUUUACAGAAGACUUCAGCGCUACUGGUCACUUUGUGCACUCACCAUACUCAGACACAGCUGUCUCACACACAUUGGUGAAUAUGUAUCACUCACAAAUUGAACUGACACAAAAUCCUCUGGAGAAGAUCUGGGUGCCAUGGAUGAGCAGCAGGUUGAGACAGAGAAGAGGCUCAUCAGUACCACAGUUCACCAACUCUCCCACCAUGAUUGUGAUGAUUGGUCUGCCUGCCCGUGGAAAGACCUACAUCUCAAAGAAACUCACACGCUACCUCAACUGGAUUGGAGUUCCCACCAGGGUAUUUAACGUUGGACAGUACCGCAGGGAUGCUGUACGCACCUAUAAGAGUUUUGAAUUCUUCCGCCCAGACAACGAAGAGGCCAUGAAAAUUCGCAAAGCUUGUGCUCUGGCGGCAUUGAAGGACGUCUUUUGUUACUUCACUCAGGAUCAUGGACAAGUGGCAGUGUUCGAUGCGACCAACACAACACGAGAACGCAGAGAGGUGAUUCUCACCUUUGCUAAAGAGAACGGCUAUAAAGUGUUUUUUGUUGAGUCACUUUGUGAUGACCCAGAAAUCAUUGCAGAAAACAUCAAGCAAGUGAAGCUGAGCAGUCCUGAUUAUGUUAACUGUGAUAAAGAGGAGGCUGUGACUGACUUCCUUAAGAGAAUAGACUGCUACAAACUCACAUACGUUCCUUUAGAUGAUGACAAAGACAGGAGCCUGUCAUACAUUAAGAUAUUUAACGUGGGCAGCAGGUACCUGGUUAAUCAGGUUCAGGAUCAUAUUCAGAGCAGGAUCGUCUACUAUCUGAUGAACAUCCAUGUCACACCUCGCACUAUUUACCUCUGUCGUCAUGGAGAGAGUGAACUCAACCUUUUGGGGCGUAUCGGAGGUGAUUCCGGCCUCUCGCCACGAGGAACGAAGUUUGCUGCAGCUCUAGGCACAUACAUCAGGGGUCAGUGCAUCCCGGAUCUGAAGAUCUGGACCAGUCACAUGAGGAGAACGAUCCAGACUGCAGAGGCAAUCGGAGUGCCUUAUGAACAGUGGAAAGCACUGAACGAGAUUGAUGCUGGUGUGUGUGAGGAGAUGACUUAUGAAGAGAUUCAAAAUCACUUUACUGAAGAGUUUGCUCUCAGAGACCAAGACAAAUACCGGUACCGCUAUCCAAAGGGUGAAUCCUAUGAGGAUCUGGUUCAGCGUUUAGAACCUGUAAUCAUGGAGCUUGAGCGCCAGGAGAAUGUUCUGGUCAUAUGUCAUCAGGCUGUCAUGCGCUGUCUGCUGGCGUACUUCCUAGACAAAACCUCAGAUGAGCUGCCUUAUCUGAAGUGUCCUCUGCAUACGGUGAUGAAACUUACUCCUGUUGCCUAUGGCUGUGAAGUUGAGUCCAUUUUCCUGAAUAUUGAAGCUGUAAACACACACAGAGACAGACCUGUGAAUGUGGAUGUGGACAGAGAUCCAGAGGACGCUUUACUGACCGUACCAGAACACAACUAGACAAGACCACAAGAAAUACACCAGCAGUUCUCUAAAUGAUUUCAUAUAUUUUCCUUAUUUGUAGAGCCUUCAGACUUUGGAUAUAAUUUUGUAAUAUUUGCAAUAAUUUCGGGGUGAGUGGUGUUAUUCACUGUUCACAGUGUCACUCAGAUCUUGUGUCAGAUAUUGUAUAAAAUUACAUGUUAAGUGAACUAGAAAUGCCAACUACUUCAGAUUCAGUUAUUUAGAUUUAUACAUUGAUGUCAUGAAAUUGUAUAAGUUAAAGAAGGUGUAUGUGUAAAGCAAACGAUUAAAAGGUCUAAUUGUGCAUUUG